GUUUCACCCCCUAGACACAUACAGAAAAUAUAUGUCCACACAAAAACUUGUACUUGAAUGUUCAUAGCAGCAUUAUGCAUAAUAGCCAAACUGGAGACAACUGAAGUGUAGAAACAACCCAAAUAACCGUCAACUGAUAAUUUGAUAGAUAAAUGUAUACCCAUACAAUGGAAUAUUACUUGGCGACAAAAAAGAAAUGAAGUACUGAUGCACUACAACAAGGACAAACCUUGGAGACGUCAUGCUAAGUGCAAGCAGCCAGGGGUAAAAGACCACAUGUAUAAUGCCCUUUGUAAGAAAUGUUCAGGGUAGGUGAAUCUACAUGGAUGGCUACAUUGAUUACCCACCCACCCAGCACAGCACCUUAUAGGAAAAGUGUAGCAUUUCCUAGAGGAAUAUGAGCAUAAACAGGAAGGUGUCGUUGACUCUGAAUUAAAAUUUGAACCUGUGCCCCGAACAGCUACAGGAUUUGGAAGCUGAAUCAAUGUUAUCAGAUGAGUUAGAGUCCAAACCAGAGCUCCUGGUACAGUUUGUUCAGAAUACGUCCAUCCCAUUGGGACAGGGACUAGUAGAAUCAGAAGCUAAAGAUAUUACUUGCUUGUCCCUCCUUCCGGUGACUGAGGCUUCAGAAUGCAGUCAGCUGAUAUUACCAGAUGAUUCUCCAAAUCAUACUAACUCCUCCAAGGAGGUCCCUUCUUCAGCUGUGCUGAGAAGCCUGCAGGUGAAUGUGGGCCCAGACGGAGAGGAGACGAGGGCUCAGACUGUCCAGAAGUCCCCGGAGUUCUUAUCCACCCCCGAGUCUCCUAGCUUGUUGCAAGAUCUACAACCAAGUGAUAGCACUUCCUUUAUUCUCCUUAACCUAACAAGAGCAGGCCUGAGCUCGUCAGCUGAGCAUCUAGUAUUUGUGCAAGAUGAGGCUGAGGAUUCAGGGAAUGAUUUCCUCUCCGGUGAAAACGCGGACAGUAGCAUUCCCUGGUUCCUCCGGGUUCAGGAGUUGGCCCAUGACAGUUUGAUCGCUGCUACUCGUGCACAGCUGGCAAAGAACGCAAAAACCAGCAGCAAUGGAGAAAACGUCCACCUUGGUUCUGGUGAUGGGCAGCCCAAAGAUUCCGGGCCCCUUCCUCAAGUGGAAAAGAGGCUCAAGUGCACAGUGGAAGGCUGCAACCGGACGUUCGUGUGGCCAGCGCACUUUAAGUACCACCUCAAAACCCACCGGAAUGACCGCUCCUUCAUAUGCCCUGCAGAAGGUUGUGGGAAAAGUUUCUAUGUGCUGCAGAGGCUGAAGGUGCACAUGAGGACCCACAACGGAGAGAAGCCCUUUAUGUGCCCUGAGUCCAGCUGUGGUAAGCAGUUCACCACAGCUGGGAAUCUGAAGAACCACCUGCGGAUCCACACAGGAGAGAAGCCUCAUCAGUGUCAAGUCUGUGGGAAGACCUUCUCUCAAAGUGGGAGCAGGAAUGUGCACAUGAGAAAGCAUCACUUGCAGCUGGGAGCAGCUGGGAGUCAAGAGCAGGAGCAAACUGCCGAGUCACUUAUGGGCAGUGGUUUGCUUGAAGAGGCUUCAGUACCCAGUAAAAGCCUGGUGUCGGUGAACUCCCAGCCCAGCCUUGGUGGAGAGUCACUGAACCUACCAAAUACCAAUUCUAUCCUAGGAGUUGAUGAUGAGGUGCUUGCUGAAGGAUCCCCACGCCCCCUGUCCUCAGUGCCUGAUGUGACACACCACUUGGUGACCAUGCAGCCAGGGAGGCAGUCAUAUGAGGUUUCUGUCCUAACGGCCGUAAAUCCACAGGAGUUACUAAGCCAAGGAGAUUUAACUGAGAGACGGACAUGAGCCUGGGUGCUGAAUCCUGGAAGAGCAGCUGUACCUGAUCCCAGAGUACACACCGUGGCGACGGCUGCUUCGGGCUCACCGUCCGCCAGAACCCAAGUGAACCUGCGAAUGACGAGACCCCACUUCCUCCUCUGGCAUCUUCCCUGGCGUAGAAGGUGAAUACAGGAGAGCUGCUCUUCGGACUCAUCUGGUCCAGGAAAGGGAGAGAGCCGUGGGUGUGGGCCGGUAACUGUACCUGCCUGUCCUCCCACUGCAAAAUUUGGGGAUGGACUUCUCCCGGAAAUGAACUUGAUGAAAUGUUGGUUGACGUUUCCCUGUAUAACUGUUGAGAGGUUUUCCAGUGAAGAGCUUUCACCCCAGACUAAGCUGUGUUUUCACAUGGAUGAACUGAGUCCUGCCACCAACCGUAAAACUUCACCAAGAAGUUGAGCUUUCCAGAUGCCUUGUUGCUUUGGAGAAGGGAGUGGUGUCGGUUCUGUUGUGACACCCUUCCUUUAGCAACCUGAGUAAGAGACUCUCGCCACUGGGCUGCAAAAAAAAUAAAUAAAUUACUUGAAUCAAUCCCUACUUGGCCCAGCUGAGGUGCCGUCAUGUCCCAUACCCCUCUACGUGCUCACUUUCCUUUCUUUGUUUAUGGAACAUACAGUAGCAUGUUUAAAAGGGUUUUUUGGGGUUUUGUUUUUAAGUUAAAAAAUCAUGAUUCAGGGCUUCAGUUGCUUUCCCUUUAAUAAACAAAACAGCCCAGUCA